GCUUCACUGACUUCCUUGUCUACGUGGACUCUGGCCACCCCUUCCCCAGGCCCUUCUCUCUUAUACUCUCCAAAGCAUUGCAUCACACCACUUACCUGAAUCCUGGGUUCAUUUUGCUCUAUCUUCAAGUCUUUCAGGUCUAAGGUAUUAAAAUCACCCAUGAUUAGGAGUCUAGAGAGUUCUGGGCCCUGGAUGCCCACCUCCUUCUCCUCACUGACCUCCAUCUCUCUCCCACCCUGCUUCAGCAGAAAGCCCGACCUUCGGAUCAGGGAUCACCAUGACUGAAGUUGGUUGGUGGAAGCUGACCUUCCUCCGCAAAAAUAAAUCCACUCCCAAGGUGCUGUAUGAGAUCCCAGACACCUAUGCCCAGAUGGAGGGGGGCACGGAGCCCCCGCAGCCCGAGGGUGGGAGCCCAACCAGCGACUUUAACACUCGCCUCGAGAAGAUUGUAGACAAGAGCACAAAGGGCAAGCAUGUCAAAGUCUCCCACUCGGGCCGGUUCAAGGAGAAGAAAAAAGUUCGUGCCACCCUGGCAGAGAACCCCAACCUCUUUGAUGACAGGGAGGACAAAGGACAGUGA